AUGGUUGAGAAGCUUGGCCUUGUGACUCAGAAGCAUCCUAAGCCAUAUCAGUUGCAGUGGAUCAAUGAGACUGGAGAUAUGAGUGUGAAGGAGCAUGUGGUCGUGCCACUGUCUAUAGGAAGCUAUGAGGAUGAGAUUCUGUGUGAUGUCUUGCCUAUGGAUGCUGGACACAUCAUUUUGGGAAGGCCAUGGCAAUCUGAUAGGCGUGUGAUGCAUGAUGGCUUCACAAACAAGUACACUUUCCUUCACAAGGGGCGUAAGACUACUCUUAUUCAUUUAACCCCUCAAGAGGUGUAUGAAGAUCAAGUCCAGUUGAGCGGCCAAAGAACCAAACCUCAAGCCAAGAAAGAGCCAUCCAAACCAAGCAAAUCCUUGAACUAUCUAGUCAAGUCCAAACAGGUUUUACCUAUUCCUAUCCCUGAUUCUGCAAGUGCACAGGUCAGGUGUAGUAACGGGUUAUCGAACACAAGGAGCAGAUAA